GCAUCGACACCCAUCCUUAACCGGGACAUCACGCAGAAUAUUCCAGCUCAACAGCAGACGAGUUUAAACCAACAAUAUGUCUGACGAGGGAAAACUGUUCAUCGGUGGACUCAGCUUCGACACAACGGAGCAGUCCCUUGAAGAAGCGUUCUCUAAGUAUGGGGCCAUCUCAAACGUUCACGUUGCCAGACACCGGGAAACCCAGGACCCGCGUGGUUUUGGUUUCAUCACAUUCGAGAACCCGGAAGACGCGAAAGAAGCAUCGGCGGCAAUGAAUGGACAGUCUGUGGACGGCAGAACGAUCCGCGUGGACAAGGCCACGAGGUCCGGUGGCGGAGGAGGUUCCCGUGGUGGUGGAGGAUAUGGAGGCGGUGGCGGAGGAUAUGGAGGCGGCGGUUACGGCAGAGGUGGUGGUGACCGUAGCUACGGCGGCGGUGGAUAUGGAGGUGGCGGCGGCCGUAGCUCAGAUGGAGGCGGAGGCUACAGCCGGGACCAGUCUGGCGGAUAUGGGGACCGGUGGUGCAAUAUGUCUGACGAGGGAAAACUGUUCAUCGGUGGACUCAGCUUCGACACAACGGAGCAGUCCCUUGAAGAAGCGUUCUCUAAGUAUGGGGCCAUCUCAAACGUUCACGUUGCCAGACACCGGGAAACCCAGGACCCGCGUGGUUUUGGUUUCGUCACAUUCGAGAACCCGGAGGACGCGAAAGACGCAUCGGCGGGAAUGAAUGGACAGUCUCUGGACGGCAGAACGAUCCGCGUGGACAAGGCCACGAGGUCCGGUGGCGGAGGAGGUUCCCGUGGUGGCGGAGGAUAUGGAGGCGGUGGCGGAGGGUAUGGAGGCGGCGGUGGAUAUGGUGGCGGCGGCAGUUACGGCAGAGGUGGUGGUGACCGUAGCUCAGGUGGAGGCGGAGGCUACAGCCGGGACCAGUCUGGCGGAUAUGGGGACCGGUGGUGAGACGGCUAUGACCGCUAAGCUGUUGUCGACUAGAUUUCAGGCUGCUCCCUCUUCAACACCUAACAAAGAAGCCCUCUGCAA